CAGUUACUUUACAAGGCAAAACAAUGCAGUGAACAAUAUCAGUGAGACAACGUUACAGCUACGGGACAUUCAAAUGAUUGAUUUAUCCUCCAACGAAAUAACAAUCAUAGAAAAGGGAGAUUUUAGGGAGUCUACUUCCUUGAAAAUACUCAAAUUACAGAAUAAUCUUAUCCGAGACAUUAUGGACCAUGCAUUCAAGGACUUGAUAUCGCUAUUUUUUCUUGAUCUCUCAAAUAACUCAAUUACUUUUGUCAGCCUACACCAUUUUAUAUCGUUAAAGAACCUUCGCUACUUGUUUUUAAACUAUAAUAGGAUAAAUGUUAUUCAUGCAAAAGCUUUUUCUAAUCUAAUUGCUCUACAUACCCUAGAUUUGUCGUUCAACAACAUGAGGUAUUUUGCCGAAGGUCAAUUUUUCGGAAUGGAAAGUUUGCAAAAUCUGUAUCUACAGAACAAUAGAAUUUUUUCUGUAAAUGGAAUGUUUUGGGGAUUGUUUAAUCUAAAGUUUCUUGAAGUUGAUGAAUUCUCUAUUUGCUGUGCGAAGCCUCGUAGCCGUAAUCAUUUGCAAUGUGUUUCUCCAGUAAAUGAGAUAGCUUCUUGUGAGAAUUUAAUCAGUGCUCCUGUCUUAAAUGUUGCCAUUUGGUACAUAGCUUUUCUAGCUACCGUUGGAAACAUUAUUGCAUUGAUAUGCAGUACUUCUACGUUUAAAAGAUCUUCAUUUGCAUAUUUCAUUUUCUCAAGAAACUUGAGUGUUGCUGAUUUCCUAAUGGGUAUAUAUUUAUACAUCAUAGCCAUUACGAAUCUGGUUUAUACAGGGAGAUACGGGUUUGAGGAUUAUUCUUGGAGACAUAGUUUUCUCUGUACGUUUGCUGGGAUUUUAGCCACAGUAUCAAGCGAAGCAUCUGCACUUUUUGUUUUAAUGAUAACCAUAGACAGAGUCGUAGCUAUCAAAAAUCCCUUUUCACGGCGUAAUAAAGUAUGGGUGAUAGGAUCAUCUGCAUUGGCAUGGGUUAUUGCUUUUUCUUUGGCUGUGUUUCCGGUAUUACCGUUAAAGUUGUCAAUGUUUGAAGACUUUUAUGCCCAAUCACCUGUUUGUAUAUCUCUUCCAUUAUCAGUUCAUAGACAGCUUGGUUGGCAAUAUUCAAUGGUCAUUUUCAUUGGCUUAAAUUUCCUUAUAUUUCUUGGCAUCAUUUUUGGACAAUUUCUUAUCCUGUAUGAAGUAAUAAAAUCUGGAAGCAAUAGCCAGGCCUCAAACAUACGUCGAAGGGAGAUAACUCUAGCCAAGACUGUUGUUUCCGUGGUUGUCACUGAUAUUCUCUGUUGGAUACCUAUAGGAAUAACUGGAAUGUUAACCUUUUACGGAAUAGAUGUCACAAUGGAAAUCUACGCUUGGAUCAUAGUGCUUGUUUUACCUGUAAAUUCUGCAAUUAAUCCAAUCCUUUACACAUUGACUGCUAUAAUACGGGACAGAGGACGGAGGAAGGUUAGUGAAAGCAACAUCCAAAAAGAGAAAGAACUGUUAGCCCAGGAAAACUCUCGUCUUAAGCAAAAAUUGAAAAUCCAAAGAGACAGUACUAAUAGCUACAUGUGAGACAAGAAGUAUUUAUUGUGAAUAAUUGCUUAUUUGCCUCUUAUAAUAGACACAUUCUAAUUUGUUUUUUCUUCAGUCGUUUUAAA